GUCCUCCUGCUGUGGAGUCAGCUGUCUGAGGUUUUAUCACCGCUACUGCGCGAGUUUGACCCUAAAACAUGGACCUAUCAGAGGAGGUGAACACCAGGCCACUGUGUGCUCUGUCUGCAUUCAGUUACAUCUCACCACGAUGGAAGGAAGCCAAGGAAAUGUCGUACUUCAACACGGGGUCAAAGGCCCCACAAGUCUCCACGAACGACCAAAUCCUUCCCCCGCCAGAGGGUUACGAUCCCAAACUGACCCGAGACAACAGGAAACACUAUAAAGGCAGAGGACUGCACAUCUACGAGGAGGAGAAGUCCAGAGCGGUGCCGCUGCGCGCUUCGUCAGAGUACGGUCGUCAUCCCGUCCUCGAGGAGUACAGAAGAGGUCAGCGAUACCCUCGUGUGUGUAAGCUAAACGAUGACACACACAGGACUGGGAUCGUCUGGAGUGAGUCCGAAUUAUAUGGACCAGUGGCCCCUGAAGGCUUCAACAGGAAGAAAUGAACUGUGACAGCAAUAAAGCAGCGUUGUGAUGUGCAGAUUUCUUGAUGGAUAAAAAAAAUCCCAAACAUCAAACAUUCCAGUCAUCGUUUAUUCAGAUGACAUUUAAUUAUGACGUAUUACUGUUUAAUAUUCUGGUACUUUGCAAGGCACAAACAGUUUUUCGAAGUGAAAUAUGAUCUGUCCAAAGCUUUAAAAGAAUAAAUCAGGAAAUAUGGAGAUGGUGACAUUUUCCUGGAAGCUUGGGGAACAUUUGAGGCUGAAAUCACUCCAUCAGUAUGAGCGUCAUUCAAAGGUUCAGGUGGAGCAGACAGUCUAUAAAUCCAAACACGUCUUCCAGUUAUUGCUGCUCCAUAUUGCUCAUGAUAUCAAAGAUCAGUCUUCGUGUUCGGAUUUCUGCUGUCAGUACAUAAGUUGCUUUUAUUAAGAGACUGAGUAUUGUGGAUGUCAGGCAUACGGUGAA